GCAUGGCCACUUUAAAAGGCUGGAUCACCUCCUCUUGAUUAGUUGCACUUCCGCUAACUGACUCCUACCACCACUCUCAGUUUUAAGCAGUUAAUGGAAAUGGAGGGCCAUAUGGAAAGUCAGAAGAGAAGAGGAAGGAGCAAUGAAGACCUCGUUUCUGAACGAACGGGGGCAUUAGGAUGCGUUGGUUGGACCAUUGUCAUACUCUCUGGCAUGUUCGUUGUUCUCCUCUUCCCCCUUACAAUCUGGUUUUGUUUCAGGAUAGUUCAGGAGUACGAGCGUGCUGUCAUCUUCAGACUGGGCCGCAUAACAGACAGGAGACCUAAAGGACCAGGAAUCUUCUUCAUUUUGCCAUGUACUGAUUCCUUUGUGAAAGUGGAUCUGCGAACAGUUUCCUUUGAUAUCCCACCACAAGAGAUCCUGACCAAGGAUUCAGUAACAAUUAGUGUGGACGGUGUGGUGUACUUCCGGGUCAGUGACCCCAUCGCGUCUGUGGCCAACGUGUCUAAUGCUGACUUUUCCACCCGUCUGCUGGCACAAACCACCCUCCGAAAUGUCCUGGGAACUAAGAACCUUGCUGAGGUUCUGUCUGACCGUGAGGGCAUUGCUCACAGCAUGCAGAGUAACCUGGAUGAAGCCACAGACCACUGGGGCAUCAAGGUGGAGCGCGUGGAGAUUAAGGACGUGAAGCUGCCACAUCAGCUGCAGAGAGCCAUGGCUGCUGAAGCCGAGGCUGCACGAGAGGCCAGAGCUAAGGUGAUUGCAGCAGAGGGUGAGAUGAAUGCAUCACGUGCCCUGAAGGAGGCGUCCCUAGUGAUUGCAGAGUCUCCGUCAGCCCUGCAGCUUCGUUACCUGCAGACCCUCAACACCAUCGCGGCAGAGAAGAACUCCACCAUCAUCUUCCCUCUGCCCAUGGACGUGUUGUCUCACUUCAUGCGGAAGUGAGGUGUCAGGCUCAGCGCUAGCUCUGUGUACUGAUUUUCAUAAAAAAUGAGUCGAAUGGGAUUGGAUCAUAUUUCUGUGCCUGUUUUCAGGGUGCAAAUAAUGCUGACACUGCAUGGCUCUACAAGUGAUUACAAAAGACAGCUUUUUGGUUUAUACAGUCAAGCUGCGAUGAGGCCAGGCUCACUACCCAUUGUGAUUUAGAUUCAGAGUAGUUGCUAUGUAUAAAUGAAAUUGUUUUAAAAUUUGAAAAUGAAUUGUACAUCGUUCAUAAUGUUCUACAGUGCAAUACUGACCGGCCACGUGUUUUGAUACAUUUUUGUAAAAUAUUGAAAAUCUUUAGUUUUAUUUUCUGUAAUACAACUUGCAGAUGCUCUGUUGCUUUUUGGUUCAUGAAUUCCUAUUAUCCCCAUGUACUUUAAAUAAAGUCUAUAUCAGUCA